GCCCUCUGAUAAACGCAGGAGUGCGUUCAGGUGAGUCGUCACUGUGACCCGGUCCUGCUGCUGUGGUGGGUUCACUCCGGCUCGGUUCCCUGCAGGACAGAACUUCCCUCCUCUGCUCGUCUCGGUCCCGGGUUUCAUAAGUGACCCACUUAAAGUUCCCUCAGGGUCAAAACAAAAAAACAAGCGGGUCACACAGCGAGCAGAGGAUUCAGUUUGAGCCGGACACCUGCACAGGUACACAGGAGCUCACCUGCAGCACGCGGCGCGUCGAUGGCUGAAGCGAUGGAGCUGGGCUCGGUGUCCAGAGGGUUCCGGGCCAUGUUCUCCAUGCUGUCACCGAACGAGUCAUCGUUUGAGAAGGUGGAGGAUGUUCCUCCGUACGUGCAGCAGGCCACUCCUUUCUUUGUGGGGCUGAUGGUGGUGGAGCUGGUGGUGGGCAUGCUGAAGACGGGAGCCUCAGUGGUCACCAUCAGUGACGGUAUCACCUCCAUCUCUGCUGGGAUGAUCUCCAGACUCCCCACGCUGGUGAUGAGAGGCUGCGAGCUGUCUGCUUACAUGUAUGUGUGGGACCGGUUCCGCCUGGUGGAGCUGCCCUGGGACUCGGCCUGGACCUGGUGGUUCACCUUCCUGGGAGUGGACUUCUGCUACUACUGGGUCCAUCGCUUCGCUCACGAGGUGUCCGUCCUCUGGGCUGCUCACCAGGUCCACCACAGUUCAGAGUACUACAACCUCACCACGGCCCUCAGACAGUCCCUCACCCAGCAGUUCACCUCAUGGAUCUUCUACAUGCCCCUGGCUCUGGUUGCACCUCCUGCCAUCUUCGCUGUUCACAUACAGUUAAACCUUCUGUACCAGUUCUGGAUCCACACAGAGCUGAUCAACGACCUCGGACCUCUGGAGUGGAUCUUCAACACCCCAAAACACCACAGAGUUCAUCACGGGAGGAAUCUUUACUGCAUCGACAAGAAUUAUGGAGGAAUUUUGAUCAUCUGGGAUCGAUUGUUUGAUACCUUCGCUCUGGAGUCGGACAAAGUCAUCUACGGCCUGGUGUUUCCCAUCAGAACCUUUGAAAUCCUCCGUGUUCAGUUACACUACUAUUUUUAUUUGUGGAGAAAGUCCAAGUACUACAAGAAAAUCAACAACAAACUGUCGACUUUCUUCAAAGGUCCAAGUUGGAAACCGGGUAAACCUCGGCUCGGUGACCACAGCAACAACCCCAAGGUCACCGGAGAGGAAGUGCCUCAUGAUCCCAGCUGGCCGCUGCAUUUACAAGUUUACGUGGUGGUACACUUCCUGCUGGUGCUGGCCAUUUACCACGACGUGUUUGAACGCAAGAUGAUGCUGUCACAGUUAACCAUUCUGGGGAUGACCGGCUACAUUCUGCUCACUCUCACCGCCCUGGGCUACAUCAUGGAUCAGAGGCCGACAGCUGCUUUCCUGGAGAUGCUACGCUGUGUCGUCAUGGUAACGAUGCUGAGGUUUGGCUAUAUGAAGCCCCUGCUGCCUUCUCUGGCUGUGCCCACUGAGGCCUUUGUCUCCCUCUCUCUGCUGUUCUGGGGUCUGCAGAGCGUCUCUCAGCUGCUCAGCAUCAAGAAGAAAACCGUCUGAGUCGACACGAGACGGCACGGACCGAAUAUUAUCUUCAUCAAGUCGUGAUUAAUGACGUAAUUCCUUUCUAACACUUUUUAAUAACCUCAAACACUCUCAAUGCCUCGUCUGUUUUAUAACUGAACAGUUGUCAUGUGAAUUAGCCAUAAAACGCUAAAGGUGCUCAGGUUUUAUCAAAACAACACAUAUCUUCUGAUGAAUGUCUCCGUUUUUAAACAUCUCUUGUACUUUGUGUCUUCAGUAACAGAUUCUACACUGCUAAUCAACUUAAUAAUCAACUCUGAUGUCUUUUAUUUCCUCUUCUAUGCAACAUAUACCUCUUAUAAAAACAAAUGCUGCUCCUGUUAAUUUCACUUGCACGACACUGUACAGUAUAUUGCUUUUCUCAUUGCAAUAAAACAUUUGUAAUUCUUGCUC